AUGUACAUGUGCGAAGACUACAACUCCCCACAAUCAACCUACUGGGAUCUAAAAUCGCUCAUCGCCAUCUCCCUCACGCGAAACAACAACUUCUGGACAUCCGGAGAAAAAGCAUCCCCAUCAUUGUUUCCCCCAAAUACAAAUCAUCAUUUCUGUCAACGCCCCGCCCAAUUUCUUGCCUGGCCACUCAGAGCCAGUCAAGCCAAAUACUCUAAAUUCGAAUACUCUUCCACCUUUGGAUUCUCCGUACCCAAAGGACCGUUGAUCCAACAGAUUGCGCCAGACUGCACACUGGCACUUAGUCGAGACGGUGCAGAAACAUGGGCUACGAAAUUGAAGUGCUCUGAGCCUGUAUUCUCUGGUCUCCGUUUGAAGAUGGGUGCAAAGCUAUCUUCUUGCCUGUUGUAA